AUAUCACUGAAUGCGAGGAAAGCCCACAGUGCUACAAUGGAACUUUGUUUCGGAAUACCAAUGGAUUUUAUGAAUGUCAGUGCUUUGAAGGUUGGAGAGGACCCAAUUGUGGCGAAGGGAUAUUUACAGAUAUAGACGAAUGCAAUGCGAAAGCAGAUCCUGUAUGUCAGAACAAUGGGUCCUGUACAAAUACUAAUGGUUCCUUUUCCUGUGACUGCAAAGAUGGUUGGGAUGGACCGAUUUGUAUUGAAGACCAUUCCGUUCAGUCCUAUCUCGAUAACGUGGAAUACUGGAACAAUCCUGAAAAUCAAAGACGACAGCUGGAGACUUUAAAUGAAACCAUCACAGAAAUCAAGAAAAACUUAACGUUGGACAAAACCCGUCUGCAAUCUUCGAUUAACAAACGUAUAAGCGCCGACGAUCCACGUCUCUCAGCAGCUGUGGCAGGAUACAUUGGAGCUUUAUUUAUAUCAAUUGUCAUUGGCUUUUUUCUGAUGCUGGACUGCAUUGGAUUGUGUUUGAAAUCAAACUAA